CGUUCUGGCUGGAAGAAGGUGUCACAAGAUUUCCUGCAAGUUUGGUGAGGACCCAGGGCAGCUCAUAAUGGCAGCAGUCCGGGCAGCACUUCUGGCCGCUGCGCUGCUCUUCGCUCUGCCCGGCUCCUCUUCUUCGCCCUUCUGUCCGGAGUCCUGUUCCUGUCAGAGGGCUUCCCUGCUCAACUGCUCUUCGUCUGGCUUGAUUUCAGUUCCACAGCUGAUCCCAGACUCUUUCUCUGAGCUGGACUUCUCCCAUAACUAUCUGAGCUCUGUGAAACCUCGUCAGCCACACCAGAACCUCAGGAAACUGUGGCUGGGGAACAACACUAUCUCACGUUUGUCCCUCUGUGUUGAGAGAAAUGUCAAGACCUGGCACCGCUCCAGAAAUGGGAGCAGGAGGGGUUGCCAGGCCUGGGCCCCCAACCUACAGACAUUGUCUCUAGAGAGGAAUCAGCUGGAGCGGCUCCCUGAGGGGUUGGGUGUUGUCCCAUCUUUGCGCGUCCUUUGGCUCGCGUUCAACAAGAUAUCAGUUCUACAACUAGGAGAGCUUCGUGACCUUCAACAACUUGAAGAGCUGCACUUACAACAUAACCUGAUCACACAUCUACAUCCACAGAUGUUCCAGGAUUUAAUUCAGCUCAGGGUUCUUGAUCUACGUUUCAACUUAUUGACCGUCUUCCAUCCUUUGAUGUACCUCACACUGCGCAACAUUGGAGCCAACGUUGGUUUAGAUGGAAACAGGUGGAGGUGUGACUGCAAUAUGCGCAGUCUAAGAAGACGUAUGGCCUAUGACAACAGCCGAGGGUUGGAGGUCUGGAAAAUGAUGUGUGCUUCCCCCACAAAACUCCUGGGAACAGACUUUCUACAGCUCAAAGAGGAAGACCUCCAAUGUUUAAGCCCUGAAAACAGUGCAGAUCUGCACCAAGAUGUGACUGUCUACAGUGGCUCUCAGAUUCUGCUCUCAUGCUCUUCUCAAGAUUCAAUGUGGUGGAUGCCCGGUGUUCCAGCACCUAUGAGGCCCAAAGAUGGUGGUCUGCUAAUCACCGACAUCUCUGAGAAGAACACUGGGCUGUAUGUGUGUGUGUCUGCAGAACAGCAAGUCGUGUCUGUUUUUAACCUUCAAAUCAGUCAAAUAGAAAGCCCAGCUAAAACAAGGAAUUUAGCCAGAACUCGCAGAGAAACAACCCCCCAAAGCAGGGCUACAAGAACACAAUCUAACUUAACUUUGGCAGUUUGUCUGUCAGUUAUCAUUACAUUUCUGGUAGCCUUUAUUCUUGGAGUCCUGGCAAGACCAUAUAUUGAUUUGCUUUGGAAAAGGAUCACAAGGAAAGGUUCUUCUGCAAGCAACUCAGUUUCUUCAGUCGAACAAAGACACUAUGAAAAUGCAGCUUUUUCCAAUUCUGAUGAGGCAGCAGUGGGCGGACCUUACAGAGAAAGGAGAGUCACAUUUAGAAAUGAAGAUGAUAGAGAAAACAGAAAUGUUCCGUAUUAUGACACCGUGGGAAGUGAUCAGAACAGUGUUGCUAGUGAUGAAGUGUUUGCAGCAGUAGGACCCAACACUCAAGCACCGGGAUGUGAGCAGGGCAUGCAACAGCAGAAUGCACCAGUGAGGCACAAUGAUGCUUCAGCUGAAACCACUGCCAUGCAAAACCAUCAAGUAGAGUUUGAGCACAUUCCUGACCCAGAUGAGCUGGAAACCAAAAGUCUAUCCUCAUCAUCCUCAGAAUCAUCCUUAUCUGAAAAUGUAGAACAGAUUACUAAAAGAUGUCACACUACACCCAAGUCUCCUCUGUUGGAGAAAGAGACAAUUCAUAAGAGGGCCAGUUUCCCAGGAGCCAAAGAAGUGCAGAAUCCCCAGAUGUCCAUAGAGUUCCCUGAAUUUUCAUCUGAGCCUUUUGCAGACUGGUCACCCCAUUCAAAUAAAGGCAACUCAAAAGAUGACGAAGAACUAUUUGAUUUCAGUGAUUCCCCUCAGAGCACACCUGCUAGGUCCAACAGUGGUUUUGCAAACACUCUUGACAAGAAAAAUGGGGAUACAUCCAGCUCAAGUUCAUCCGACAGUGAAGAAGAAUCUACACAAGACACUUUGAACACAAAUCAAGGCAGGCAUGGGUCUAAACUAAAAAGCUCAGCACUGAAACAAUCAAGGCACACCUCCUCUAGUGAUGACAGCACAGAUCAAGAGACCAAACUAACCAAAAGUAAAAGACUUAGAAAUAAGUGGCCGUCUAUUGCACUUGGGCAAAACGAAAUACAAGCGCUUUCACCAGCCUUUAGUACAAGUUCAAGUUGUGACUCUGAAGAUGAAACAAUACACCACACUAAGUCUCGAAGGCUUGGAACAUUGGAAAUGAGACCAAUAUGUGAGGAAUCUGACACAAAAAGGUAUAAGCCAAAUGGUUUCUGGCCAACCAUUGAUGUUCAAACCAUUCCUCGCAUAAGGAGACGCCUUGAUUUUGUAAAAAGUUCCAGUCGAAACAGGGAGACAUUUGGUCAUAAUUUUUGGCACAUUACACAAACAAAGGUGGAACAGGGGGAAAUAAUCUCACUCUCUGAUUCAUCAACACGCAGUAAGAGACAGGAAAAAAGGUCAGGAAAAAUCAGAACAAGCCUGAAGAAAACUCACAAGCCAAUGUUUCAUACAUCUCCACAUGUCAAGGCACCCUCACAAAGUUCCUCCUCAUCUUCAAGCAGUGACAGUGACGAUGAAAUAGAAGUCCAAAUAAAGCCACAUGAACAAAAGAAGGUACAAGUGUCAACACCUCAGCAAAUCAAAGAUCCACCGGGAAGUUCCUCAUCAACAAGCAGCGAAAGUGAAGAUGACACUGAAAGUCACAGAGUUAUUCAGAGGGCAGAGAGCUGGAAGACUGGACAGCUUCCAAUUCUUAUACCUCAAUCUAAAGACUAUGAACCACCUAGCAGAUGGCCUAUUGUAGAUCUUCUGCAUGUUCCUCACAUUAAAAGACGUCUAGAUUUCAAGGUACCAUCGUCACAUUCUGCUUCAUCUUCCAGUAGCAACAAUAGUGACAGAACAAGCCUGAAGAAAACCGACAAGCCAAUGUUUCAUACAUCAACAUCUCCACAUGUCAAGGCACCCUCACAAAGUUCCUCCUCAUCUUCAAGCAGUGACAGUGACGAUGACAUAAAUGUCCAAAUAAAGCCACAUGAACAAAAGAAGGUACCGGUGUCAACACCUCAGCAAAUCAAAGAUCCACCGGGAAGUUCCUCAUCAACAAGCAGCGAAAGUGAAGAUGACACUGAAAGUCAUAGAGAUAUUCAGAGGGCAGAGAGCUGGAAGACUGGACAGCUUCCAAUUCUUAUACCUCAAUCUAAAGACUAUGACCCACCUAGCAGAUGGCCUAUUGUAGAUCUUCUGCAUGUUCCUCACAUUAAAAGACGUCUAGAUUUCAAGGUACCAUCGUCACAUUCUGCUUCAUCUUCCAGUAGCAACAACAGUGACAGAACAAGCCUGAAGAAAACCGACAAGCCAAUGUUUCAUACAUCAACAUCUCCACAUGUCAAGGCACCCUCACAAAGUUCCUCCUCAUCUUCAAGCAGUGACAGUGAUGAUGACAUAAAGGUCCAAAUAAAGCCACAUGAACAAAAUAAGGUACUGGUGUCAACACCUCAGCAAAUCAGAGAUCCACCAGGAAGUUCCUCAUCAACAAGCAGCGAAAGUGAAGAUGACACUGAAAGUCAUAGAGAUAUUCAGAGGGCAGAGAGCUGGAAGACUGGACAGCUUCCAAUUCUUAUACCUCAAUCUAAAGACUAUGACCCACCUAGCAGAUGGCCUAUUGUAGAUCUUCUGCAUGUUCCUCACAUUAAAAGACGUCUAGAUUUCAAGGUACCAUCGUCACGUUCUGCUUCAUCUUCCAGUAGCAACAACAGUGACAGAACAAGCCUGAAGAAAACCGACAAGCCAAUGUUUCAUACAUCAACAUCUCCACAUGUCAAGGCACCCUCACAAAGUUCCUCCUCAUCUUCAAGCAGUGACAGUGAUGAUGACAUAAAGGUCCAAAUAAAGCCACAUGAACAAAAUAAGGUACUGGUGUCAACACCUCAGCAAAUCAAAGAUCCACCGGGAAGUUCCUCAUCAACAAGCAGCGAAAGUGAAGAUGACACUGAAAGUCAUAGAGAUAUUCAGAGGGCAGAGAGCUGGAAGACUGGACAGCUUCCAAUUCUUAUACCUCAAUCUAAAGACUAUGAACCACCUAGCAGAUGGCCUAUUGUAGAUCUUCUGCAUGUUCCUCACAUUAAAAGACGUCUAGAUUUCAAGGUACCAUCGUCACGUUCUGCUUCAUCUUCCAGUAGCAACAAUAGUGACAGAACAAGCCUGAAGAAAACCGACAAGCCAAUGUUUCAUACAUCAACAUCUCCACAUGUCAAGGCACCCUCACAAAGUUCCUCCUCAUCUUCAAGCAGUGACAGUGAUGAUGACAUAAAGGUCCAAAUAAAGCCACAUGAACAAAAUAAGGUACUGGUGUCAACACCUCAGCAAAUCAGAGAUCCACCAGGAAGUUCCUCAUCAACAAGCAGCGAAAGUGAAGAUGACACUGAAAGUCAUAGAGAUAUUCAGAGGGCAGAGAGCUGGAAGACUGGACAGCUUCCAAUUCUUAUACCUCAAUCUAAAGACUAUGACCCACCUAGCAGAUGGCCUAUUGUAGAUCUUCUGCAUGUUCCUCACAUUAAAAGACGUCUAGAUUUCAAGGUACCAUCGUCACAUUCUGCUUCAUCUUCCAGUAGCAACAACAGUGACAGAACAAGCCUGAAGAAAACCGACAAGCCAAUGUUUCAUACAUCAACAUCUCCACAUGUCAAGGCACCCUCACAAAGUUCCUCCUCAUCUUCAAGCAGUGACAGUGAUGAUGACAUAAAGGUCCAAAUAAAGCCACAUGAACAAAAUAAGGUACUGGUGUCAACACCUCAGCAAAUCAGAGAUCCACCAGGAAGUUCCUCAUCAACAAGCAGCGAAAGUGAAGAUGACACUGAAAGUCAUAGAGAUAUUCAGAGGGCAGAGAGCUGGAAGACUGGACAGCUUCCAAUUCUUAUACCUCAAUCUAAAGACUAUGACCCACCUAGCAGAUGGCCUAUUGUAGAUCUUCUGCAUGUUCCUCACAUUAAAAGACGUCUAGAUUUCAAGGUACCAUCGUCACGUUCUGCUUCAUCUUCCAGUAGCAACAAUAGUGACAGAACAAGCCUGAAGAAAACCGACAAGCCAAUGUUUCAUACAUCAACAUCUCCACAUGUCAAGGCACCCUCACAAAGUUCCUCCUCAUCUUCAAGCAGUGACAGUGACGAUGACAUAAAGGUCCAAAUAAAGCCACAUGAACAAAAGAAGGUACAAGUGUCAACACCUCAGCAAAUCAAAGAUCCACCGGGAAGUUCCUCAUCAACAAGCAGCGAAAGUGAAGAUGACACUGAAAGUCACAGAGUUAUUCAGAGGGCAGAGAGCUGGAAGACUGGACAGCUUCCAAUUCUUAUACCUCAAUCUAAAGACUAUGACCCACCUAGCAGAUGGCCUAUUGUAGAUCUUCUGCAUGUUCCUCACAUUAAAAGACGUCUAGAUUUCAAGGUACCAUCGUCACAUUCUGCUUCAUCUUCCAGUAGCAACAACAGUGACAGAACAAGCCUGAAGAAAACCGACAAGCCAAUGUUUCAUACAUCAACAUCUCCACAUGUCAAGGCACCCUCACAAAGUUCCUCCUCAUCUUCAAGCAGUGACAGUGAUGAUGACAUAAAGGUCCAAAUAAAGCCACAUGAACAAAAUAAGGUACUGGUGUCAACACCUCAGCAAAUCAGAGAUCCACCAGGAAGUUCCUCAUCAACAAGCAGCGAAAGUGAAGAUGACACUGAAAGUCAUAGAGAUAUUCAGAGGGCAGAGAGCUGGAAGACUGGACAGCUUCCAAUUCUUAUACCUCAAUCUAAAGACUAUGAACCACCUAGCAGAUGGCCUAUUGUAGAUCUUCUGCAUGUUCCUCACAUUAAAAGACGUCUAGAUUUCAAGGUACCAUCGUCACGUUCUGCUUCAUCUUCCAGUAGCAACAAUAGUGACAGAACAAGCCUGAAGAAAACCGACAAGCCAAUGUUUCAUACAUCAACAUCUCCACAUGUCAAGGCACCCUCACAAAGUUCCUCCUCAUCUUCAAGCAGUGACAGUGACGAUGACAUAAAGGUCCAAAUAAAGCCACAUGAACAAAAGAAGGUACAAGUGUCAACAACUCAGCAAAUCAAAGAUCCACCGGGAAGUUCCUCAUCAACAAGCAGCGAAAGUGAAGAUGACACUGAAAGUCACAGAGUUAUUCAGAGGGCAGAGAGCUGGAAGACUGGACAGCUUCCAAUUCUUAUACCUCAAUCUAAAGACUAUGAACCACCUAGCAGAUGGCCUAUUGUAGAUCUUCUGCAUGUUCCUCACAUUAAAAGACGUCUAGAUUUCAAGGUACCAUCGUCACGUUCUGCUUCAUCUUCCAGUAGCAACAAUAGUGACAGAACAAGCCUGAAGAAAACCGACAAGCCAAUGUUUCAUACAUCAACAUCUCCACAUGUCAAGGCACCCUCACAAAGUUCCUCCUCAUCUUCAAGCAGUGACAGUGACGAUGACAUAAAGGUCCAAAUAAAGCCACAUGAACAAAAGAAGGUACAAGUGUCAACAACUCAGCAAAUCAAAGAUCCACCGGGAAGUUCCUCAUCAACAAGCAGCGAAAGUGAAGAUGACACUGAAAGUCACAGAGUUAUUCAGAGGGCAGAGAGCUGGAAGACUGGACAGCUUCCAAUUCUUAUACCUCAGUCUAAAGACUAUGACCCACCUAGCAGAUGGCCUAUUGUAGAUCUUCUGCAUGUUCCUCACAUUAAAAGACGUCUAGAUUUCAAGGUACCAUCGUCACAUUCUGCUUCAUCUUCCAGUAGCAACAACAGUGACAGAACAAGCCUGAAGAAAACCGACAAGCCAAUGUUUCAUACAUCAACAUCUCCACAUGUCAAGGCACCCUCACAAAGUUCCUCCUCAUCUUCAAGCAGUGACAGUGAUGAUGACAUAAAGGUCCAAAUAAAGCCACAUGAACAAAAUAAGGUACUGGUGUCAACACCUCAGCAAAUCAGAGAUCCACCAGGAAGUUCCUCAUCAACAAGCAGCGAAAGUGAAGAUGACACUGAAAGUCAUAGAGAUAUUCAGAGGGCAGAGAGCUGGAAGACUGGACAGCUUCCAAUUCUUAUACCUCAAUCUAAAGACUAUGAACCACCUAGCAGAUGGCCUAUUGUAGAUCUUCUGCAUGUUCCUCACAUUAAAAGACGUCUAGAUUUCAAGGUACCAUCGUCACGUUCUGCUUCAUCUUCCAGUAGCAACAAUAGUGACAGAACAAGCCUGAAGAAAACCGACAAGCCAAUGUUUCAUACAUCAACAUCUCCACAUGUCAAGGCACCCUCACAAAGUUCCUCCUCAUCUUCAAGCAGUGACAGUGACGAUGAAAUAAAGGUCCAAAUAAAGCCACACAAAACCCCACCACGGUCUUCAAAUUUAAAAGAAGAAAAGAAGUUCAGAGUAAAGUCUUCAGCAAUGAAUAUUCACAGCCCACCGAAAAAUACCCCUAAAAUUUUAUUAGAAAAGUAUGUCACUUUUGAGGAUGACGUUGAGUACCAACCAACAAAGGACACUAUCUACACAUCUACAGAACCCAACCAAGAUUUUCAUCGUAGAUGGGCCACCAUGAAUCUAGGAAUCUCCCGCUUCAGAAAGCACCUUGAAAUCUCUUCACAAACAGCACCACGGCCUAAUCUGAUAUCCCCAACUCCAUACACUCCAAGCAGUGAAAUUAGAUUCGGAAUAGGAGCAAGUUUAAUGAGCCAUAUCGGGAUACAAGAAUUAACUCACACAGACCCCUCUCCAGUCCCUGAAACCAAGCCAAACAAUCUUCGUACGACAUUGAGGAAUUCACAGGACAAGUUGAGCACUGCAGUCCAAAACAGAGCAGCAGAAUACAACUUUCAGACCAAGGGGAAAACAUCAAAGUCAGAAAGUAUUUUGGCUGAUUUUGCUGUUGGAACAAGUGAAAAGGAUCAAGGAUCCUUGAGUAGUAGUGAGGAAGAAACAAAAAAAUCUAACAUUCCUGACCUGAGUCUUGGAGUCCCACGGAUUAAAAGGCGUCUGAAUCUAAAGGUACUGUCACCAAAGAUGAGCAGUUCUUCACCUUCUAGUAGUGAGAAUGAAGGUGAUUCAAGUUCAAAGCUGAAAAACACCAGACAUGCACCCAAUGUCCUGAGUUUGGCAGAUGAUCCUGUUUUCUCCUAUAAGCGUUCCAUCAUCAAAUCAUCACUAUAUACCAAGCCCAGAAGUCAAGCAAUGGAUGCCAUGAGUAGUGACAUGGUCACUGCUGUACAUGAAGGUACAGGACUGGAAAGAAAUUAUGUUGCCCCCUGGAGUCAUCCACAUUUGAGCUUUGAUGACAUUGUGAAGAAACGGAGUGAAGAACUCAAGUUGGAUACAGACGUUCCACUGCCACCAAUGAGGCAAACUGGAGCAGGUCAUGGUAUACCAAGUCUUUUUAUAAACAAAGAGAGAAAUGUAAAAGCAUCUCUGCACCUGAUUCCACCUGAAAAUCUCACAUCUCCCCCAUGUGAGUCAAACGAAAAGGUCGCUGAAAUAUUGCAGGACAACAGGAAACCAGUUACACUCGGUCUCGAAUAUUCAUCCCCUGGUCCUGUGAAUGAUUCCUCUUCAUUCACCUCUAAUCCUGAGACGUUUGGCAGUUUCUCUGACGGAACAAAUGAAGCUUUAAAGAGUGUAUUUGAGGACAAGACGGAAAGGAGAGGGUUCAGUGCUCUGGCAGCUAUGUCGCUGGCCAGAAGACAGUGGGACACAGAUUUAGACAGGGACGAAUCUCUUUCAUCAGAUGACCACAUUUUACAAGAUAGAGGUCAUUUUCUUUAUAGCAGGAAUGAAACAGACAGAGUUCUCUCUGAACCACAAUCACCCUCUGCAUCAGAGAACGACAAAAGGGUUUUAGAUUUGCUGUAUGGAGUGCCCAGCUACAGAAGUCAUGGAUUUCGGAAUAUUAAGCCUCCACAGGAAGCUCCACCCCCUGUCCCAUGAACGCCAUCAUCAGAUAAUUGAUAAUAGCCUAAUCCUUGCAAAACAAGGAAUGGCAAUAAGGUUAUUGAAGAGAAACUCCAUUAGUCCCAAAGACCUGACAAACCUUACCCGUUGCACCUUUAAUGUGAAAACUUUCAAGCCAAUCAGUGCUAAGAAAAAAGCUAAUUGUUUUAUUUUUCUUGCUAGACAGAAAAAUCGUAUUUUACAAGUGAACUUGUAAUCGAUUGAACCAUUGUAAAACACAGUUAAUAGUUGACUGAUUGAAACUCAUAAAACCAUCUUGCAGGACAAUUGCUGAGUUUGUGGAUAAGACAGUUAAAUUUCUUUUUGGUCAAGGACAGAUUAACUAAAAAGCCCAAUAAAUGCCAGUAACUUAAUAAACCCUUUAUUCUUGUAUAUAGACACGGGUUAUAGUGAAAACAGACAGAGACACAUAAUAAUUUACAUACAUUAUGUACAACUAGAACAAUACUGUUCUUCCUGCAUUUUCUUAUGUGAAUAAAAAAUAAGUUCUUCAAAGUAUUCAAACAAUCAAAUACUUACAAGUUUAUGUUGAUGGUUGUUGCAUCACAAGGAGAGGGAUUUUUUUGGCUACAAUGGAUUUAAUUAAAUCUCACAUGAAUGACCAUCUGAAGCUUUUUUUCUUUUUUCUGUUUUUAAAUCACUGCAAUAAUGGCUGAAUAGGCAGGGAAAAAACAUGUACUUCCACUAAAGAAAUGAAUAAAAUGAUUUCUCCAUAAA